GUGAGCGGAAACACUACACACGUGUUGUGUUGCAGGUUUGAAGGUUACACAAGAAGCGCUGGACAGUUUGCUGUCGGCUGUCCGCUGAAGAGUGUCACUAGGACGGCGUGUUUGUGGUCAAAGCUGGGUGUGAGCACCACUGAAGCACAGACAUGGAUCCCAUGAAGGCACAGCAGCUGGCGGCGGAGCUGGAGGUGGAAAUGAUGGCGGACAUGUACAACCGAAUGACCAAUGCCUGCCACAGGAAGUGUGUACCACCACAUUACAAGGAGGCGGAGCUGACAAAGGGCGAAUCAGUGUGUUUGGACCGCUGCGUGGCUAAAUACCUGGACCUCCAUGAGAGGCUGGGACGAAAGCUCACAGAGUUGUCUGUCCAGGACGAGGAAAUGAUGAGGAAGGCAGCUGUGGGGAGCGGAUAGAGACACUGAUGAAAGAAACCAAGUAGAGCAUUGUGGGGGACUAAAAGGUAACAUGGGGUGGGCUUGGCAUAUCUGGUUUCUCUAAAAUGAAAAACUUGUAUUUCAAUGAGUGGGUGGGUUUUGUUUGGGAAAUCAGAAGUGAAAAAAAAAAAAUGCUGUUGAGGGUCCACGAAGAGACACUGCUUCCUCUACUGCAGCAGAAGAUGAGGAUGAGGAUGAGGCUGAGGGGAGCACUGCAGGAGCUGGUGGAACCACAAGACAAGGACAUCUUGAAACUGCUCAUUGUUCCACCACCCUCUCUGGAUGCGCCAAAUCAGUCUUACAUUCAGCUUGCCCUCUUCCUCAAGAGGUCACCUGAAAAUAAACUGGAAAGGACAUGUCAUAUUAUUUUUAAAAGUCAUAUUUUGUGCUUGUUUUAGCUGCUUGGAGUGUGAGAAAUGUGCUGCUUCUGCUGCAGAAACUCAAACAGUAAGUGGAAGCAUUGUGGUGUCAACUGUCUGGCACUCAUGGCAGGUUUAAACAAACAAGAAUGAUUUUCAUUUAGUAUUUGUUCCCAGGUCACCCUUUGAACUUGGGUAGGAGUAAACAUGGGCCCUCUCUGUAAGGUUGCAACACAACAUGGUAGUCCGGUAGAUAAAAUGUUCACAAAUGCAAGUUGUCUGUUAUGCAGACAUGAGUCAAUUUUUUUAUUUUUAUUUUUUUUUUAACAAAACCUUGAAAUACAGGAAGUCAGAUACAUUGGUCAGGGGAUGCACUGAAUGAAUUAUGUAAGGCGGGAUGAUUUGUCUUUUUAUACAAGACAUUAUGCAUAAUUGACUCUCUGUCAGACAUGGAUGGUGCUGUGUUGGCUUUGUCUGCAACAAGACUGCCAGCCAGGCUGUUCUGACUACAUCGUCGUGUGUUGAAGAUGAACUCAUUUGUCAUGCUUGUGUAGACUGUGUUGCUCUCUGUGUCAGUGGUUGUAUUUGUUUAUUAGUUUCCAUGUGUUAAGCACUGUGUCAGUGAUGCAGCUUCUCAUCUGUAUAUCUGAGAAGCUACAGUGUUUUGUUGUUAAGUACAAAUAAAAUAAUGCCAUCCUUUA